UCACGGGCACAUGCUACUUGUUGUCAUCCACAGCCAGAGGAAUCGGAUCAGAGGUGUUGUUAGACAACCGUCCAAUCAGGAACGGAGUCAGAGUGGUGGGCAGGCUUUCAAAAAUCUCGCGGGCUUUCUUUGGAACCCGACAUCUUGGACUCUGGGAUCUUCUGGUUCUCUGUUGCAGAGACACUGAGGUUUUGGAUGCCUUUUUCUCCCUGUUCCCAGAGGCAGGCAUGGCGGGUCCGGGAUACCUCGGAAGUCAGAAGAUGGACCUGAUGACAUUUGGUGAUGUGGCCAUUAAUUUCUCUCCGGAGGAGUGGGAAUGUCUGGACCGUACACAGCGGGCCUUAUACAGGGAUGUGAUGGUGGAGAACUACAGAAACCUGCUGUUUGUAGCGGUCUGUUCUCAUCAUACCCAGGACUUUUCAUCAAAGGAGAACACGAAGCGUUCAGUCCGAGAGGAAAUAAGCAGAGGACAUGGGAAGUGCAGCACUGGCAGUUUGCAUUUAAGGGAAAAAUGGGAAGGUGUGUGUGAGAAUGAAGGUGAGAAAGCGUGUGACCGUGGGCAGCGUGUGAUCACCAGCAGUAGUACAAACGUCUCUGCUGGUGAUGACCAAGAACAGAAGACACCUCAGGAGAAACCUCAGGUCGUGGCAGUUACUCACCAAGAGCCCCACCUUCCCAUAAGCAAGUAUUCUCAGCAACACUCGAAAUGUACCUUUCCUCUGAAAGGAAGCUGGGCGCAUCUGAAGGGGGGCCUAGGUCAUCACAGGACUAGUUUACAGUGUAGCAUUGGGUUACACUUUCAUUCAAGCAUUUCUGUACAUAGAGUAGAACAUAUUUCUGAAUGUGACCAGUUGGAGAGUUCUUUUACAAAAAAUUCGUUACUUUGCUUUCAACAAACAACUCCUUGUGCCAAAAUAUAUAAUUUUAAUGAAUGUGGGAAGGAUUUUUCUUAUCCAUCAUUGUUAAAUCAAAAUAUAGACAGAAGUGAUUGGGAAAUGGAGAGCAGGUUUAAUGAGACCACACAGACUGUUAUCCUGAGCCGCAUCACAGAUAAUUACCAGGUAUUUUCUGUCAGAGAGAAAACUUAUGAGUGCGUUGAAACCCAUAAAAACUUUAAUUAUGGUUCAAGUCAUAGUAAAUGUAUUCCUUUUCCAGAGAAUCUUUACAAAGGUAACAAAUGCAGGAAAGUUGUUCAUCAGGGCUCAGAGGAUCUUCAGAGCUCCCAUCUUCAAGACGGGGCUCAUAAAUCCAAAAAAUGUGCCCUGACUUCUAGUCAAAACUCAAAACUUACAGGACACCAGAAAAUUCAUAAUACAGAGAAACCCUACAAAUGUAAAGAAUGUGGUAAGGCCUUUAGCAGUUGUUCAUAUCUUAGUGUACACCAGAGAAUUCAUACUGGAGAGAAACCCUUUGAAUGUAAAGAAUGUGGCAAAACCUUUAACACAAGGUCAAACCUCAGACAGCAUCAGAGAAUUCAUACUGGAGAGAAACCUUACAAAUGUCAAGAUUGUGGCCAAGCUUUUAAUCAACGCUCACAUCUUAUUCAACACCAGAGAGUUUAUGUUGGAGAAUGUGGCAAAUCCUUUAUCAAGUGUCCCCCUCUUAGACAGCGUCAUGCCAUUCAUGCUGGAGCAAAGCCCUACAAGUGUAAGGAGUGUGGCAAAACCUUUGUUCAUAUUUCAAAUCUUACUCAGCACCAAAACGUUCACACUGGAGACAAGCCCUACAAGUGUAAAGAGUGUGGCAAAGCCUUUACCAGUGAUUUAAGCCUGAAACGACAUCGUAUAGUUCAUACUGGAGAGAAGCCCUACGAGUGUAAAGAGUGUGGCAAAACUUUCACCCAAAGUUCGAAUCUCAGAAGACAUCAUAGAGUUCAUAGUGGAGAGAAACCCUACCAAUGCAAGGAGUGUGGCAAAGCCUUUACUGCUAACUCAAGUCUUAGAGAGCAUCACAGAGUUCACACUGGAGAGAAGCCCUACAAAUGUGCACAGUGCAGCAAAGCCUUCAGUCGUUGCUCACACCUCACUGUACACCAGAGAAUUCAUACCGGAGAGAAACCCUACACAUGCCAAGCCUGCGGCAAAGCCUUUUCCAGAUGUUCAAUCCUUAGGCAUCAUAACAGAAUUCACACCGGAGAGUAGUACUCCUAAUGGAAAGAUUAUGGUAAACUGUGUGCGUGUGUGCACAUGCAUUUGUGUGUGUAUGUGUACACAAAUGUGUGCACAUGCAUGCUUGCACGUGUGGAAUUCAGAGGUCAAUACCGGAUGUUGCACUCUAUUGCCCUCUACUAUUUUAUUUUUUAAAAUUGCACUAAGCGUUUUGUUUGUUCAUGCAUGCGUGUGUGCAUGUGAUACGGUUCAUGUGUGGAGUUUACAGGUUAAUUUGUGGGUUGGUAAUCUCCUUUCAUCUUGUGGGUUCUGGGGAGCUAACUCCACAGAUCAGGCCUGGUGGUAGAUGCCUCACCUGCUAAGCUGUCUUGCUGACCUCACCCUAGUUUUUGAUACAAGGUUUAAAGGUUUUUUUAUUUGUUUUGUUUUUUGCAACAGUGUGUGGGAGGGGGCAGCACAGAUAUGCAGGGCAUUGGGGACCUUGGGCCUUCCAGAGAUCAGGAUAGCCCUUUGGGGACUUUUUACUUGUUAGUGGAAGAAUUCUCGGGAGAUCCCUCCCCUCCCCCCGCUGGUUUCUUUCCCUCUUGCACUUCAUUCCUUCCUGGGCCAGAGCACGUACAGAGCACGCACGUCCAGAGUCUUUGAGUCCAUCCUGUAUUUUCAAGCGACUUCUUGGUGAUCUUACAGGAAAAGAAGAAUUGGACAUCAUGAAUUUUAGGCAACUUUUUGAAGGAAUUGUAUAAUUCAGACUUUCCCCUGGGUUGGGCAUGGUGGCUCACACCUUUAACCCUGGCACUUGAGAGGCAGAGGUAGGUGAAUCUCAGUGAGUUUGAGGCCAGUGUAAUCUACCUCGUUCCAGGACAGCCAGGGCUAUGUAGAGAGACCUUGCUCAACAACAGCAACAGCAAAAAACUCUGGGGCCAUUUUUUAUUACCCCCACCCCCCAAAUGCUAUUCAGGCUCUGCAUGUGUAGAAAAAAAAAUUUUCUACUAAGCCUUUGGAGGUGUAAGCUGCAAGCCAGUAGGGACUCCUAAGGAAUCUUGGUAGCAUCUUGUUCAGUGACACCAGGGCUGGAGACCAAUGGAGGCCAUCUAGUCUUGAGUCUACUCGGUGAAGAGGAUGUUGGCAUGACCCAACAGUGCACCCCCAUGUUCUUUCCCGGUGUGGAACUGGUUCUGCUUCCCCACACCUUCUGCCCCCCAUCAGCUUCUUUUCUACCUCCGAUACCUCUGACUUCUCCAUCCCAGGAUGCAUAGCAACUUCCAGCCUUGCCUGUGAAUGGAGAGAUCCAGGUGAGACGCGCCCUCAGUCCAGAGGUGGCACUCCCCCUGGGAAGCAGUAUAGUGAUUCCAGGUUGUUGUUUGGAGAGAUGUAAACUAAAGUCACUUCUCAUCUCACGCAGAGGGACUAGGACCCCAGUGCAUCUCCAGCAGUGGCCUGCAAAAAUGAUCAGCCAGCAAGAAGGUGCUGGUCAGUUGCCUAGACGUGCAUUCUGGAAGCUUCUGGCCAGCCAUUGGAGGUAGAGGAAGAGCAUAGUAUCCGAGGUGGAACAGAGAGAGAGGAGAGAGUUCUCUAGCUCUUGAUCUCCCUGUUCAUCUGUUCACCUUUUUGAAGUUGCAGAGUGGAGAAGGAGA